ACAAAUCCCACGAAGCCCCGCUCACUUGCACACUGUUCUAGAAAUGCGUCUAAAAAUGUAGGGUCUUGCAACUUCUCAUGUCAGUUGUCUUCAGUCACCUUUCAUAAUUUUAAGCAAAACUGGCUUUCCGCUCCUGGGAGCAUGUGAGAGCUCAUCUUCAGCUGAAGGACCAUGCAGAGCACCAGGUCAGGAAGCAGCGAGCUGGAGUUCAUCACAUUCUCCCCCCUUGCUCACUUUAGUAACCCUGAUUUGGGCACAGUUAGCAAGCCGACCAGAGACUUAAAUCAUCUGACAGGUGGCUCUAUGCCAAAUACCUGGGACAGAAGAUGCACGAGGAAGCAGAGGAGAAGGACAGAUGAUGAAAGCUGCAGUCCUAAACGGCGAAAGCUGAUGGGAGAGGAAGGAGCAGAUGAGUAUCCAAGUCCUAAAGUGAGCCAAAGAUGGUCUGUGGACUCCACCACCACUUCCUCUCCUGAGACCAACCUGCUUCAACUUCAGACUGAACCCAGGACAGAGGAGAUGGGUCUGCCCUUCACAUCCACUCCCUCUCCACUACCCAGAGUUCCCACAGAAGGCUCAGGCAUGGAGGUAGAGGCCACUCAGAGGAGACUGCAAGAGAUAGAAGACAGGAUAACUUUGGAGGAUGAUAGCGAUGAAGAAGAGCUUGAUGUGGAGCCGGCUCAGCGCAGACCAGUGCUGGUGAUGUCUGACAGCUUGAGGGAGGGGCUACAACGUGGGAUUGGUGACAUUCUACCCCAUACGGUAGCACAGUCGAUGAGCUGCUCUUGUAUGGAAUUGGUGUUGUGGCGACCCCCAGAGGACCCUCUCACCCAGAGGCUGAAGGACUCUUUACAGAGACAGCAGCGCAAGCAGUUGGCAGUGAGCAGACAGACUCCCACCCCUGUACCACCCGUCAGCUCCCCUCCACCCCAGCCCCAGUUCACAGCACCCAAUGAGCAGACUUUUAGCCCCCUGUUCAGCAGCCAAACGCUCCUCAACUCUGGAGAGGAAGACAUGGAGUUAUAGAGGGAAAUCUCGGAGUACUUCAUCUAAUUUAUCAGUGCAAAUGAGGAAUUACCAUAAGGAGCGGAGCAUAACGAGCAUUUCACAAAUGGUCUCUUGAGAUUUUUCUUGUGCCAUGUAUUCUAUGUUUUUUCGACCUGCACUUUUUGUAGGUGGGACCAUAUUUGCACUAGACUAAAUGAGAAGUAUACUGUAUGAACUCGGUCAGUUUUUUUCCUCUCUGUGGUACAUUAGUUGAAUCUUCUGUUGCAACUUCAUAUUCACUCUGUUUGCUGUUGAUAGCCAUGAAUAUUACUGAUUAACAAUGCAAGAAUAUUUCAGUUUUGUCUUUAUGCAGUUAGUAUUAUUGCAGAGUACUAGUAUACUGUGUACAGAUUCAGACUGCUUGAUUUGUUACAAUCUGCCACAUUAUUUACAUGUAAUAUUUGCUUUUUUUUUCAUGUAAUAGACUCCUUUUUUUGUUCCUUAUGGUGUCCAUGUUGGUGUUGUUUUUCAAGAUUCUGUAGUUAUGGAAAGUUAUGAUUGAGGAAUUGCAUUAAGAAAAUGGGUGCUUGAUGUGGGAAGGGUUGCCAUGUGCUUUUGAACUGGAUCAACAGAGACUGCAGCACUCAUCUUUCUAGCUGGUUUAACUAUAUACACAACAGAAAAACUA